GGACGAUGCCAUGCGUUCUAAUUUUCACAAAGGCACGGUCGCUGGCGGACAACGGUGGCCCGGGGUCUGCCGCGUCGUCGGAGGCGGAUACGAUAGUCUCUCGAGGCUCUCCGGGUUACCUGUUCUUCGUUGGCGAGGAGAGGGAAAGUCGCGAGAACGAUCAGCAACCAGCAGCAUCCGCCGAGGACCAAGGGACGAAACGUCUGCACGUUGGUCACCGUUAUAGUUGCCUUUGUUGCUGGCCCCCAGCAACCGAUCGUGGUCCGACAGUGCUCCGUCAGCGGUUCUUCCAUGUGAACGCUGCGGUGACAUGGCUGCCGCCCUCCUGGGCAAGUGCAUCGUCGGUUCACUGGCGCUCGUGCUCCUCCUCUACACCAGCUGCUAUGCCUUCCGAAUACGGGACCACGGACUGCAAACGGCUACCACGUCCGCGGAGCAGCCGGAUCGCGCCACUUGCACUUCCAUCUUUGGCAGAUGCCAGGAGAAGACGACCGCGACCGCGUCGGCGGCCCGGAAGUGGCACGAGACGCCAGCACCGCGGCUUGCCAGCCGUCGGAAACCACCUGCCGAGGUGACGUCGCACGGCGAUGACGUGGCUGGGGCGGAAGGGGCACGCAACAAGCCUAAAAGAAUCGCGGAUGAUAGCGCGGACAGGGGUGCGAGGAGCGUCGAGUUGGACGACGACGACGACGAGGCCGAGGCGAUCGUAGAAGUGGAGGAGGACAGCGACGAACAGGAAGCAGAGGAUUCUCGCGCGGACGACGAGGAGGAUGGGGACGACGAAGAAGAGGAAGAAGACGAGGAUCGUGGGAGGGAGUCUGUCGAAGAAGAAGACGAAGCAAUGAGCAAGGAAGACAAAAUUACAAAAGUUGUUAAGGGAACGAGGAAAGUAGUCGAAGAGGAGGAAGAAGAAGAAGAAGAUGAAGUUGACGAGGAUGGUGGCGAGGAUACGGACGACGACGACAGCGAAGAAGAUGAUCAGGAUGACGAGGAUGACGAGGACGAGGACGAAGAGGACGAAGAUUCGGAAGAGGAAGCUUCUACCCCUGUUCCUAGAAAGCUCGAGAAAGUUAGGUAUGCUGACAAGGAUAAGGUUAAGUCCGUGGAAGCUGUCUCGCCGACGCCAGUUCCCGAAAAGCCAAAAGUUGAAGCGAAACCACCCGCACCGACGAAGAAACCGGAGGAAACGGUGAGGAAACCGAUCGAAGCUGCGAAGAAGACAACCGAGAGCCCGAAAAAGGUCGAAAUCGCUAAAGCAACAAAGUCUGAACCCGAAUCGGCCAAACCUAAACCCACGGCGAAACCGGAGGACAAGGCGAAGGUUCCCGUGAAACCGGAAGCGUCGAAGGCGCCGUUGAAAACGAAGGAACAACCGAAGCAGCCCGAGAAGACGAAAGUGGAAACGAAAGUGACUGUGAAAACUACUCCGGCUAAGCACGCAGAAGUUAAACGAUCCGAUAAAGAAGAGUUGAAAGCAAAAACGAAAGCGCACGUGGAAGCACCUUUCACAUUGGCUCGCUUGAACGACGCGUUGCUACGCGUGCCGACCUUUGUGCCAAAUUUCACGGCCGUCGAGGAUUUGGAGUGUCAGCAGCAUGGCAAGAUCUUCCUGCGACAGUUGAGGGGUUAUAAGUUGUGGGCCCUGCAAAUGUUAGACUCGAGUGCAAAAAUCCCGUCGGGUCUGCUGCGGGGAAACGUCAACCAGCUCGGAGACUUUGACGAGUGUUUGGGGGUAAUAGCGCACGUAAAAUUGAAUAACAAUACGCUGAAGGUGCAAGGAAAAUAUUGCCUGGCGAAUAUAGACUUGCAUGCUUCUCACCCGGACAUGAGGCUUCCGGUUAAUAUGAUGCAGGCUCGUGCUUUCAUAAGAGGAAGCAUGCAUGACCCGGGUCACUUUAUUCCGAAAUUUACAACGAUGAAUUGGGCCCUGUGCCUUCCAGCAGCAUGUUCAGCCGAAGACGCAGAAAAUGUUUUGGAGCAAGCAUUGAGCUAUUACAAUUCCACCAUAGGAAUAAGAUUCACUGUAGAAGUUGAUCCUAACAUGUGUUACGUCAAACAGAAGCCAGGAAGCUACUCGAAAGAGACGAUCGGCGUUCUAUAUUUUUACGCCAUGGUUGGCUGCCUUGUCCUCAUAGCAACCGUGAGAGAUUACUUAAUUGUACCGGAUGGAAAAGGGAACUAUUCCGAUAGAAUAAUAAUGUCCUUUUCCUUGCGGAGAACAGUCAGAUCUUUAUUGAAAACAGGAUCAAACGACUUCGAUAUUGCGUGUAUUCAUGGAAUAAGGACACUUGUCACGAUUCUCAUUUAUAUUGCUCAUCAGCUGAUACCAGUAUCAAGAUUGCCCUUUUCUAAUCGAAUUGAUCUUACAGAGGUUGCAAAUAAUCCGAUGAGCUCGGUUUUGAGAGCAGCGAUAGUUUAUACGGACGCGUUUCUACUACUCAGCGGCGUUUUAACUGCUUACAACAUGGCGCACGAGUUCACUGAGCGCGGCGAAAUUCGAUGGUUUUGUCGUUUUAUCGCCAGGUAUAUCAGACUCACGCCAGCGUUAUUAGCGGUGGUGUUCUGGUACGCAUUUGUAAUGGAACAUACAGGAUCUGGGCCACAAUGGAACAGUGUUAUAUUACCAAACGCCGAGCUGUGCAAAAGCAACGCAUGGACCAAUUUGUUGUACAUACAAAAUUUCUUUCCCUUCGAAGAAAUGUGCGCGACACAUACCCAUCAGCUGGCCCUGGACAUGCAGUUGUCGAUAUUGGCCCCGAUAUUCGUAUUCUUCUUAGAAUGCAAGCCGAUCAUUGGGAUUCUUUUACUAUUCUUCUUCGUCUUGUUGUCGGCCACGUUACGAUACAUAGCGACAAUGAACAAUUACCUUUCUCUGAUCAUUUUCCACGGAAUGUCAUCAAAGCACCUUUACAAGACUGCCAAUUUAUCUUACGUGUUACCCUUGCACAGAGCUACGCCGUAUGUGUUUGGCGUAGGACUCGGUGUGUUGUUACAUCACACCGGAAGAGAUGUCAGGAUCCAUAAGGUGUUAGUGAUCUUGGGGUGGUUAAUCGCGAUGGCCUUGGGAUCAUGGUCGUUAUUUUCACCGUGGCACCUAGCCAGAAGGGACUAUGUAUACGACGCUGAAGAGGCAACCAAUUAUGCUGUGAUCUAUCCAGUCGUGUGGGCCUUAGCUCUGUGCUGGAUCAUAUUUGCCUGCCACACGAAGAACGGAGGUAUAAUAAACAGAUUCCUAUCGUAUCACUGGUUAGUGAUCUUUAGUAGAAUAUCAUAUGCUGUGUACUUGACGCAAUUCGCAGUAUUCUUUUACAACGUUGGGACCACAAGAUACUCUAGCGAAUUUCAACUUCAUAGAACGGUCGAUGGUUUCGAAGCAGCGGCGGUUGUGGCGGUGUCGGUCGUUCUGACUCUGUUCUUCGAUAUCCCGAUGCACGAAAUUAAAAACGUUAUAAUGGAGAGCACGGACAGUCUGGCCGCAGAAGUUUCCGGCGAGGAGAAGUUGACGGCGGAAGUUGCGGACGCGGCGCAGGAGCCGGUCAAAGGCGAGCAACCGCAGGAUAAAGUUUUCGAAGAGGAAGAAGAAGCCUACGCCGGAUUGGACUGGGAAGAAUAUCUUAAGUACGGCGGUGUGAGAGUGAUCGACGGAGUCGUGGCGGACGAGAAGUCGAUACGUAAGGCGAUUCCAACGUGGGACUGGAUAAAGGAGCCCAACAAAAGGUUCCCGGAGGACGAGGACGAGUACAGGGAACGUGGAAGAAGAAGCGUAAACGGUCAAAGGAAUUAUCGGGACACGGGGAACGAGGAUUCGAGCUACGCGAGGAUGCAACAGGAGCGGGAAGAAGCUGUUAAGCGAAGUAGAUGCACGGUCUCCAAGAGAUUGUCGUCGCGGGACAGCGAGGACGAGGAGGAGUAUUUAAGAAGCAGGGAGGAGGAGGAGGAUCCGAGACGGUACAGGAGAUCCGAGUCCAGAGGGAGAUCUGUGAUUAGGGAAUCGGACGAUUAUCGUUCCUGGGAAUUCGUCGGUAAGGAACGUUCAUCCUCUCGAGGUCCAGACUCUAAAAGGCUCUCCGGGAAAUCGGAGGAGCAUGAACCCGCUCAAAGACAAACAAGACCUCCGCUCUCGAGAUCCUCCGAUGCGAGGAGAGCAUACUCGUCGGAGAGCGAGGACGAGGUCGUGCAACGAAAGAAACUCGAAACUAGGCAUCCGUCGGUGGAGCCCAGGAUAAGCGACGAGGAGGAUUGGGAGGGCGAGCUGAGGAUACGGAGAAAACAAUUCAUGGAGAAGCAAGCGACGCAGCAACAGGACACCUCGGACGACCAGGAAAAUAUUAGCUCGCCGAGGAGGAGGUCCUCGGCGGAGGGGAAGAUAGCGUUGCUGAAGGAUCCUUCGGCGAACGAUAACAUGGACUCAUGGACGGUGAGCGUCGGGUCGCGCGUCGCGCAGCUGGGAUCCUCUCAGGAGCGUAGCGAGGCCGAAGAGGACAACGUUUUCUUGCGACGAAGGGACUAUCGCGAGCAAGCCCCGCCGCCCAGGGAGGACACACAGAGCGAGGAGGAGGUUAUUUGGGAUGCUUCGAGACGACGGUCCUACACCAGCAGCAGCCAGAUGACGUCCGUCGACGAGGACGAGGACAUCGCCAGUUUCAAUUUCGUUUUAACGAAAGACAGCAGAAGGAUGUCCAUGCAGGAUUUGUCCAAGUUGUCGCAGGAAGAGGAUCUGUCGGACUCGGGAUGGAACGUAGUCAGAGCGGAGAAUGCAGACACGCUGCCCAAAUCCAGCUCGUUGGGGCUGUACAAACGCGAGUCCAUCGUGAAGAGCCAGGCCAGCGAGGAGGAUCCCGAGUAUCUUUUACCGGAGAGACCCAAGCUGGUUCAACAGGAGCGAGAACAUCCUUUUAAGAAAGCCUGGCAGGCGCAGAAGUCACGCUCGGAGGAGGACAGUUCCGCGUACAUCGUUAAGGAGGAAUCCAAAACAGAAACGAAGUCGAGGAACGACGAUGUUCAGACGGUGAGAGCGGAACCGAGCGGCGAACAGUACGAAGACGUGGGUGCGUUCGCCGACGAUGAAUCCGAAUCGAUCACGUUGUCGCAAAGCAAGAGCAGCGAUACGGAGGAAAACAGAACGAGAUCGAAGUCCGAGGAAACGGAGUCCGUAUCGACGGGAGGAAGCGACAGCGCGAGCAUCGAGGAUAACAGAGCUAAUCCGAAAUCGGACGUCGAUGAGGACUCUUCAAAACUUAAUUGGCCGGAGGAGCACUUUGAUGGGUAUAAAACGAGUCUGAGAAGCAAAUCGGAGGAGGCGGAUUGGUCCUGGGAGCAAGAGGAGACCUGAAGGGGCGACGGAGAAUCGAAUAAAAAAAAAAACGAUAAUAAGUUAAAUAACAAGGUAAGUUACUAACGAAGAUGUUACUCCAGUUCGUCGAAUGAUAGGCAUGCUGGAAACAGUCAACGUUCAGAAGAGAGGAUGUAGGUGCUCGAACGGUCGACGAUCGAUGUUUAUAUCGUGGUUAUAUUGUAAUUUAAUAAAUAACGAACGAAUCGUUUUAAAAUAUAUUUUUACAAUCCUCUUAUUUUUAUGUAUGGCGAGGACUCGUGGUUCCUUCAUAGUUCCCUGCUGUUCUCCCGCGAGGGGAAACAUAAUUGUUACAAAAACUAUA